GCCAUGGCAACAGUCAGAGAGAGGCUCACAGCGGGAAAAACGCGAGUUUAGAGUUUGUUGUGAUUAUUUUGACCUUCAGUCGGAUCGAUACUGUUGAUAAUGGGAGACAAGGAGAGAAUGAUGGAGAAGGAGACGGAGAGGGAUUUCACAAUGGUUCAUCACUGUCCUCCAAUGUAUCCACUGCCGGAAGAAAUAAAGAAGAUGGAUCGCAGUGAGACAGUGUGUCGUUACUGUGGUGUCAGUUACCUCAUUUACCACGAGUUCCAUCAGCUCAACACCCGACUGGCUCAGUUGGAGACAGAGCUCCAGGAACUGAGAGAGGCCGCCCAGAGAGAGAAGGCCCAGCGAGAGGCACUGGAGCUGAGCAGGCUGGAGUGGGAGACGGCACUUAACCUGGAGGUGCAAAGGAAAGCAGAGCAGAGAGAAACCAGCAUGAAAGAAGAGCUGGAAGAGAAGCGCAGAGACACAGAGAGGCUUCUGAGAGAGGAAAAUGACAGGAGGAGGAGAGAGAUGGAGGAGGACUUCGAUAAAAUCAUUGAAGACAAAGAGAAAAAACUUAGAGGCGAGCUGGGAGACUUGGAGGUGGAGAGACUGAGGAGGCAGAGAGAGGAGCUGGAGAGAAGGAAUGAGGAGAGAGAGAAGGUUCUGAGUGACGCACUUCGUAAGGCCAAUACAAAUUUAGACGAGCUGAGAAAAUACCUUCAACAAGUGGAAGAGAGGCUGGCGGUGGCAGCUUCCAGGAAGAAAGAGGCCGAGCAGUUACUCAAAAAAGAGACACAGCAAGGAGAAAUUCUCAGAGGUGCGUGCGUGCAGCAGGUGAAGGCCUUGCGAGCGACUCUCAUCGUGCUCCUCUCCUCUGCCCGCGAGCUCACUGAUAUACGGGGUUUCCUCAGCCAGCUGACGGGGGCCUGGCCGGCCUUUAAAUCUCAGAUACUGCAGAACAGCACACAGGUGCUCUCAGUGACGUGA